AUGUAUUAAGAAGUAUUAUAAAUGUUAACUUAAGUUAUUUUCAGAUCACCGAUCAAAUUCAUAUUUCAGUCAGUCCAUUAAUUUAUUAAUAGAUAAGCAAGCUGAGUUCAUACAAUUUUUUAAUACUUCUAAUUGGAUAGAAUUUAAUUAAAUCACAGAAUAAUUUAUUUAUCAAGUUUAAAUUACAAUUAACAUAAAUUAAAAAUGUUUAUUGUUUUUGCACCAUUUAAUUAUCUACAAGAAUCACAUAGGAUUUCAAAAUGCCAAUAUUACAUUCAGAUCAAAUUAAUCCUUGAUUUUUGGAUAAAAUGAUGCUUUUAUUGAUUGGGAAGGAAAUCGAUAAUUUCACACAUUUAAUAAAAGUAAAGAAUUUUUGUAUAAUUUUUAUAGUUCAAUUUCCAAUUAGUAUAACUCUGAGAAUUUCAAUAUAAUCUGAAUUUUAUCCUUUAUUGAGGAAAGUCUUUAAUAAAGAUUUCCAGAAGUAGAUAAAAUUACAUAUCUUUAUUACCAAAGUAAUCUAAUUAAUUAGCAAUUGAAUAUAAUUGCUCUAAACAGAAUGAGGGAAUCCAAUAAAUUGAUUUAAUUUUAUUGAAUAAACAUUAAAGAAUAAUCCUUAUGAUUUAAAUGAGUUAAACUAGAUUAGUAUUAGGUAUUAUAAAUAUUGUUAAAACCCUCAUACAGCCUUAAAUGAUUUUAAGAAUGAGAUACAGUAGUAUUACAACUUGUAGCUCACUUGUUUGUAUUAGAAAAGUUUUGAUAUAAUUUCAAUUUACUCCAACUAAGUAAUUAUUGACACUUUUAUUGUUUCUUGCUGUUGGAUCAUUUUUAUUUUCCAAAAACAAUAUCAUUUAAUUUAGCUUUUCUAGUACUAUGCGAUUUCAUUUAUUAUGCCUCAAAAUCAUCAGCAUAAUAUUAUCCUUCAUUUCCUUAUAUUUUCAACACUAUAUUUUGAGUUCGCUCAAAUUGAAUAAGCUUUUUUGA